AAAAAAAUCAUUCCAUUUUGCAGUCUAGCUAAAAUCUUGUUUGAUCUCCCAUAAAACAACACCGCCAACGCUACCAAUUCUUUGCCGGUGACGAUUAGUAAUGGCGGAAGCUGCUGUAGAAUUUCUGUUGGACCAACUAUCAGCGGUGAUCAGUGAAGAGUGGUCACUCUUGGGAGGGAUUAGAGAAGACGCACAAUACAUCAUGAAUGCCUUGAGUCGUCUAAAGGCAGCUUUGAGAGUUGCUGACGAGAGGGAAGAAAUGGAUCCUCAAGUUAAAGCUUGGGUGAAGAUAGUCCGGGAGCUGGCUUAUGACACCCAAGAUGUUCUUGAAGAAUUCUUGUUCCGCUUUGGAGGUUGCCACACUGGUGGAGGUUUCCACACUAAGAUCAACAACAUAUACACUUCCGUCAAGAACUUGAGAGCUCGACGCAGGCUUGCUCUCGCACUGCGAAAUAUCAAGGACAAACUCAACCAAAACUCCCAAUAUCAGCCAAUCUUGCCAACAACCACUGUUCACAACCACAACCAACAAUUGCACGAUGGCCGUGUGGGUGCCCAUUUCCAAGAAGACUCGGAUCUGGUAGGUUUUGAAAAUUCCAAGCACUCUCUUAUUAAACUCCUUCUUGGUGUUGUUGAUGAUGAUUUGAGGGUUCACUCUGUGGUGGGCAUGGGGGGAUUGGGAAAGACCACUUUGGUUAAAAAGGCUUAUGAUGAUGCACAAGUGACAAAGCACUUUCAGCGUCGUGUGUGGGCUACAGUUUCUGAAACUUUCAAGAUUGAGGAGUUGCUGAAAGAUGUAAUUAAGCAACUAGGGAAUGCCCCAAAUGGGGACUCUGCUGAUGAAUUGAUAAAAUCUGUUAGGAACAUUCUUUCAAAGCAAAGAUACAUCAUCGUUUUAGAUGAUGUAUUAUGGAGUUUUGAUGUUUGGAGCGUUAUCAAAUAUGCUUUUCCUGGACAAAAGUUUGGUAGCCGAAUAGUUAUCACAACAAGAAAUAGUGAAAUAGGCCGGGAUGCCUGUCACGAAACCCAAGGUGAUGUGUACGAGUUGAAGCUUUUGUCUGAGAAAGAUUCAUGGGAAUUAUUUUGCAAAAAAACAUUUUUGAUUGAUUCAUGUCCUCCAUAUUUGGUGAAAAUUGCUGAAGAUAUUGUAAAUAGAUGUGGUGGUCUGCCUCUGGCGAUUGUAGUAAUUGCCGGUAUAUUGGCUACCAAGGGUACGGAUAUUGCAGAAUGGACAAGUUUCCAGAAUGGUCUUAAGCUUCAAUUGGAAACCAAUGACAGGAUGAAAAAUUUGAAAAAUCUAUUAUCCUUGAGUUACUAUGAUCUUCCAUAUUAUCUAAAGUAUUGUUUCUUGUACUUUAGCAUCUAUCCUGAAGAUGCCAUCAUUAAUAAAAACAGACUCAUUCGACUAUGGAUUGCUGAAGGCUUUGUCAAGGACAAGGGUCAACAAGUGAAAGAAGAAGUUGCUGAAGCUUAUCUCAAUGAGCUAAUUCAUCGAAACUUAAUCCAAAUUGCAAAGAAGUCUCUUGUGGGGAAGAUUAUUAGCUUAAAAGUUCAUGAUAUUUUACGAGAAAUAAUCCUUUCAAAAGCACUAGAGCAAAACUUUGCAAUCAUAGUCACUGGACAGAACAAAGAAUGGUCCGACGACAACUGUAGACGCCUAAUAAUCCAUAGAUUUGAUGAUGAUGGCAUUUUAAAAAGCACUUCCUCCAAAAGUCAUAUCCGUUCAUUACAGUGCUAUAAUGAUCCGGUACUGGUUUCAUCUUCAUUAUUAAAACUGUUGUCCUUUGAUUAUUAUAUUCCUCUAAAGGUGUUAGAUUUAAGAGGUACUCAUCUAAACAAAAUUCCAAAGGAAGUUUUCAAGUUGUUUCAUUUGAAGUAUUUGAGUUUGAGGAGGACACAGUUGAGAAAUGUUCCUAAAUCCAUACAAGCUCUUCAAAACUUAGAGAUACUUGACUUGAAGUACACUUGGGUGUCUAAUUUGCCAAUUGAGAUUGGAAAUCUUCAUAAACUCCGGCAUCUCAUUGUGGGCUCUAUUUGGGGUGGUGGUUUUUAUGCUCCUCUUGAGAUCGGGAGAUUGUUGUGUUUACAAAAGUUGAGUUAUGUACAAGCAAAGAAAAUUAAUGGCGUCAAAGUGGUGUCGGAGAUAGGGAAUCUAAUACAACUGAGAAAUCUUAAAGUUAAAGAUUUGAGAGAGGAAGAUGGAAAAGAAUUAUGUUCAUCCAUGGAAAAGUUGACAAACCUUAUCUCUUUAAAGCUUGGGACUGUUAGAGAAAAUGAGAUCCUUGAUAUCCAACAUUCUUUAUCUACCGUUCCUCUUUGUCUUCGUACAUUAAUAUUGAGUGGGCGUCUAGAGAGGAUCCCUCAAUGGUUAUCUUCACUUGUAAGCCUAACUAAACUAGAGUUGUUUAGUAGUUGUGUUCUUGAAGAUCCACUAUUGCUUCUCCAAGAUCUGCCCAUGUUAGCAUGCCUUCGACUUCAUAAGUCUUAUGAAGGGGAUGGGUUGUGUUUUAAGGCUGGAAAGUUCCCAAAGCUCAAGUUUUUGGAUAUUUCUUGGUUGAGGGCACUGAAAUGGAUAACGGUGGAGGAAGGUGCAAUGCCCCAUCUUGAAGAGCUCCAAUUGGAUAAAUGCGAAUUGUUAGAACAGGUACCUUUUGGUAUUCAACAUUUGUCUAAACUCAACUCAAUUGAAUUCAUUGAUUUGAACCAUAAAUUGAUGCUUAGUUUAGAAUCAAAUGGUGAAAACUACACAAAAAUAUCUCACAUCCCUCACAUUAAAAUUGUUAAAUAA